AAAAAAGAAAAAAUAAAGUUGAUUCUAGACUCAUAAUUAAAUAAUUAAUAAAAAAAAUAAAUUUUUUAAUCAAAAACUAUAAAUUUUUACAGAUAUUCAUUUUUAAAAUCUAUGAGACUCAUCAUUUAAAGAGUUUUAGAAGCAGGAGUUAAAGUUAAUGGCGAAUUCAUCUCCAAAAUAGGUCCAGGAAUUUGUAUUUUGUUAGGUUUACAUAGAGGUGAUAAUGCUGAGUUAGUUGAUAAAUGGGCUGAAAAAGCUUUGAAAUUAAAAUUAUGGCCUGAUAUGGAAAAUUAAUCUGAAGAACAAAAAGAGAGCAACAAUCCUAAGGGAAAAGGAGGUUGGAAGACAGGUGUAUAAGAUAACAAUUAUGAAGUUUUGGUUGUUUCUAACUUUACUUUAUAUGGAGUUUUGAAAGGAAAUAAGCCUGAUUUUCAUGAUUCUAUGAAUGCAGAUGAAGCUAGGGACCUUUACAAUAGAUUUAUGGAGAAGAUGUAGUAACAUUACAAAAAAGAAAAAGUUCAAGGAGGAUAAUUUUAGACAUAUAUGAAUGUUCAUAUUGUUAAUGAUGGACCUGUCACUUUAUGUAUUGAUGCUGAUGAAGUUAAUAACAUGAAACAAAACUAAUAAAAACAAAAAGAAACAUAAUAGUAAAAUGAGAAAAUAAAUAGCGAAGGCAAUAAAGUUGAAGGUGAAAUAAAGGAAAAGUAAGAAAAAAAAUAAAAGAAUAACUCUGAAUAAAAGAAUAAAUAGCAUGGAGGAGAAAAAUAACAAAAACCUCAAGGAGAAAAUAAGUAAAACGCUUAAGGAGAACAUAAGCAAAAAAAUUAGGGAGAAAACAAAUAGAAGCAACAAGGAGAAUAAAAGUAAAAAAAUUAAUAGAAUGACCAAAAACAAAAACCCUAAGCUGAACAAAAAUAGAAAGCUUAGUAAACUGAGAUUGCUUAAAAAAAAUAAAAGCCAAUUUAUGAAGAAAAAGUUGAUGAUAAUUCUGCAAAAGUAGAAUAAAAGGACGCUUAAGAAAACUAAUAAUAAGAAUGA